CCUUGACAGGGAUCAAUGAUCUGCUCGGUAUUCAGUGACCCUACACUUGACUUAUUCUUAAGGACUAAGGAUAACAUAUUUUUAUGAUUUACCAAACUUUUUUUCCUCUAUUAUCGUUCAUAUACCUAGGUUCUUACCUGGAGGUAUUGUUGAUCCACUGCUACCAGACACGGAAGCCCGUUAAGCGAAAGCUUCUUCUAUUCCGUCCUCAACCAUUUGAACCAUUUACUACUUGCACCUUUGAAAGCUGUCUCAAGAUGUCUUUGAAUGUCAUUAACCAGAUUAUAUCACAGUUGACAAGCCACGGAACAUUUAACCAGGUUUUCAGAGGAAUCCAAGCUGUUUCACUAACAGAUAACUGCCUAACAUGUAGAUUCAAAGUUACAAAUUCUGAAGCCAACUCACUAAACACUUUACAUGGUGGAUACAUCCUUGGGGCUAUCGAUUUUAUAACUUCUGUCGAUCUGAUGAGAUUAGGGUGUAUGAAACACGUUAGUAUUAAUCUUGAAGCAUCAUUUAUAAACCCAGGAAAAUUGGAUUCAUGGAUUCGGUCAGAUUCAUAUAUACUGAAGAAAGGGAACCGUAUAGCCUUCUGUGAAAUCAAAUUCGUGAACGAACAGUCAGGAGAGCUAGUUGCACGUGGGACUCACACAAAAUACAUUAUAGGAGAGGGAAACCUAUCUCAUAAGAAGUAG